AUGGCAUUGAGAGGUAAACCAUUAUUAGCCACCAACACCAACAACGUAGGCACAGAUGUUUUCCAAGCUGGAAACAUUAGUUGGAAACAAUUCAGUGUUAACACAUCGCCAAAACCAUUGUUGGUGUUUGCACCAACAGUGGAAGGAACAUACCCUGUCAUAUUGUUCUGCCAUGGUUAUGCCAUUUCUAAUAGUUACUACUCUAACCUCUUGGGCCACAUAUCUUCUCAUGGAUUCAUUGUUGUUGCUCCUCAAUUGUUUACCUUGAACUUGCCUAUGCUUGGAGUAUGUGAAGUAAAAUUUGCCGGAAAAGUUGCAGAUUGGAUAGCCAAAGGACUUCAACCUAAGCUCAAUGAAAACAUUCAACAAAAUGUUAAAGCAAAAUUGGACACAUUGGUUCUAGCUGGUCAUAGUAAAGGUGGAAAAACAGUCUUUGCCCUAGCCCUAGAACAUGCAAAAACCAACCCUAAUUUUUCAGCCCUAAUUGGAAUAGAUCCAGUGGCAGGCCCAAGUAAGUGCAAGAUAACAAGAACACUUCCUCACAUUCUAACGGGCCAGGCCCGAUCCUUCAAUUUAAACAUGCCCGUUAUGGUAAUCGGAACUGGGCUAGGCCCAGAACCUUCUAACUGCUCUCCUAAAGCCUGUGCUCCUGAGGGGGUGAACCAUGAAGAAUUUUUCAGGGAGAGUAAACCACCUUGUGCACAUUUUGUUACUAAGGAUUAUGGUCAUAUGGAUAUGUUGGAUGAAGAUACACAAGGUUUAAGAGGUAGACUUUUGAAGUGUAUGUGUAAGAAUGGAGUUGGGCCUAAGGAUUUGAUGAUAAGAACUUUGGGUGGGUUAGUUGUUGCAUUUUUGAAGGAUUUUUUGUAUAACCAAAAGAAAGAUUUUCAAGCUAUUUUGGAUGAUCCAAAUCUUGCUCCUGCUAAGCUUGAAAAACCUGUUUUUUAUCCAUGA